AUGCCCGUGAUGAAGGGCCUCCUGGCCCCACAGAACACCUUUUUGGACACCAUCGCUACGCGCUUCGAUGGCACCCACAGUAAUUUCCUCUUGGGUAACGCCCAGGGCCACCGUGGCUACCCCAUCGUCUACUGCUCGGACGGCUUCUGCGAACUGACGGGCUUCACGAGAACUGAGGUGAUGCAGAAGAACUGCAGCUGCCGCUUCCUGUACGGGGCCGACACCAGCGAGCACGUGGCCCAUCAGAUGGAGAAGGCCCUGGAGGGCCGAGAGGAGUACCAGGCCGAGGUCCACUUCUACAAGAAGGAUGGUGUGGCCUUCUGGUGUUUUCUAGACAUCGUGCCCAUAAAGAAUGAGAAAGGCGAAAUGGUCCUCUUCCUCUUCUCAUUCAAGGACAUCACUGACACCUAUGGAAGGGGCCACCACAACAGCAAGAAGGAGGACAAGAGGCGCAGGAGGAAGAGCAGCUCUCACUUCGUCGAGGCUAGGAAGCGUGGACGCACCAUGUUCUACCAGCUGACCAGCCAGUUCUCACGGGGAGGCAAAAGAGAAGUCAACCUGCGCGGCGGCAUGAUUGACAAGCCUUCAAUACCGGAGUACAAGGUGGCAGCGGUGCAGAAGUCACGCUUCAUUCUGCUCCACUACAGCGUCUCUAAAGCCCUGUGGGACUGGCUCAUUCUGCUGGCCACCUUCUAUGUGGCUGUCACCGUGCCCUACAACGUCAGCUUCACGCCGUAUGAUGACACCGUCACAGCUGAGCGCUCCACCAUUGUCUGCGACAUUGUGGUGGAAAUGCUCUUUAUUAUUGACAUAAUCUUAAACUUCCGCACCACCUAUGUGAGCCAGUCAGGGCAGGUGGUGUAUGAGUCACGCUCCAUUUGCAUUCAUUACGCCACCAGCUGGUUCUUUGUGGACCUGAUGGCUGCCCUGCCCUUUGACCUACUGUACGCCUUCAACAUCACAGUGACCUCCCUUGUCCACCUGCUUAAAACAGUACGCCUGUUGCGCCUCCUUCGUCUACUUCAGAAGCUGGAUCGCUAUUCCCAGUACAGCGCCAUGGUGCUGACCUUGCUUAUGUCUGUGUUUGCCCUGCUGGCACACUGGAUGGCCUGCAUCUGGUACAUGAUUGGACGUAAAGAGAUAGAGGCCAAUGAGACCUGGGACAUUGGGUGGCUUCAUGAGCUGGGCAAACGUCUGGAGACGCCUUACAUCAACAGCACGGUGGGCGGCCCGUCAGUGCGCAGCUCCUACGUCGCUGCCCUUUACUUUACCCUCAGCAGCCUGACCAGUGUGGGCUUCGGCAAUGUCUGUGCCAACACCGAUGCUGAGAAGAUAUUCUCCAUCUGCACCAUGCUCAUCGGCGCGCUGAUGCACGCCCUGGUCUUUGGUAACGUGACGGCCAUCAUUCAGCGUAUGUACUCCCGGCGCUCUCUCUAUCACACACGCAUAACGGACCUGAAGGACUUCAUCCGUGUCCACCGACUGCCCCAGCAGAUCAAACAGCGCAUGCUGGAGUACUUCCAGACCACAUGGUCUGUCAACAAUGGUAUAGAUGCCAACGAGCUCCUGCACGACUUCCCUGAUGAGCUGCGGGCCGACAUCGCCAUGCAUCUGAAUAAGGACAUCCUCCAGCUGCCGGUCUUUAAGGGCGCCAGUCGUGGCUGCCUGCGCUCGCUCUCCCUCCAUAUAAAAACCUCUUUCUGUGUCCCUGGGGAGUACCUCAUCCGUCAGGGCGACGCGUUGCAUGCAAACUACUUUGUCUGCUCUGGGUCCCUGGAGGUGCUGAAAGACAGCAUGGUGCUGGCAAUAUUAGGAAAAGGGGACCUGAUUGGGUCUGACCUGCCUGGAGCCGACCAGGUGAUCAAGACCAACGCUGAUGUUAAGGCGCUGACCUACUGUGACCUUCAGUAUAUCAAUGUGCGCGGUCUGAGAGAGGUGCUGGAACUCUACCCUGAGUACGCCAGUGUGUUCACCUCUGACAUCCACAACAACCUCACCUACAACCUGCGUGAGGGCAGCCAGGAGGAGGGUCUCAGCAGAUUUUCAAGGUCACCCAGGCUUCCCCACGAAUCCAGGCUCCCCUCUAUCGUGGAAACUAAGGGGAGUGACCCUGACGACUCCUUCCACCUCUCUCCAGCUACCCGCUCCCGUCGCAACCUCCUGCUUCCCAACUUCAGCAGCCCUGUUCGGCGUACCUCCCUGGGGAACCUCCUGGGGGAUGAGUUGCGGCAAUUCAACGCCCUGCGUCGCUGCCGUUCACCAAACCUGAACCGCGGCAUCCACGGUCAGAGCUCUUCCCCUCAGCCCCCGUCCAAAAAAGAGCACAGCUCCCCUAAAGCCACCACAGCCUCAACCUCGGCCCAGGGGGAGUCGGGGGCCGAGAAAAGGCCUUCAAAGCUGCUUAUCCCAACCGUCACCUGCUUUGGACCCCCCGAUCUUAGUCCCAGGGUUGUAGACGGCAUCGAAGACAAUGGACACGCGUUCCACUUCAACGUGGAGCACAGCAGGCCCAAAGCCAGCACAGGAGGCAGCACCCAAGACUCCAUACAAGCUAAUUCAACUCUGCAGCUUGAGACAGAGGAGGUCAGACAGAGCAUUAAUCAACUCAACCAAAAGAUGGGCACAUUAAACCAGGAAGUAUCUGACCUCACCAAGGACCUGCACCACAUGAUGCAUCUCCUUCAGGCCCACAUAUCUGUGCAACACUACAAAGCCUCCCUCCCAUCAUACCCACAUGGCAUCCAAAUGGGGUCCAGCCCAUCUACGGUCCCCAACACUGGCACACCUUUCAACUUAGCUCCGACCUUUCACCCCAAUAACGAUCCUGGGAUCCAGGAAGUCCUCAGCCUCUGUAAUGUUGCACCUGCUGGCCACUGGAACUACAGUGGAGCUGCUGAAACCCAAACAGAGAGCCAGCACUGGCGUCGAUACUCUAGCCCACCCGCCAACUCUUGUCUCCCCCUCUCUGUAAACUCUGCAUCCAGGUUAGGCUCGUCUCACAGCUCUGAGAGCAUGACCACACAUCUGUGGACAAGCCCGUCUCCUCUCAGUGUCAACCCAGGCUUCCAGGGUGGAAGUCCAGGCUUCGCACCUCAUGCUGGAUAUGAAGACUCUGACAACAGACUUCUCAGUGCUAGCCAGACCAACAUCAGCCAGUCCCAGCCUACUUUGUGCCUGCAGCCUCCCAUUGAUAGUGAUGAAUACUCUUGCCUUUUGUCCGGUGCCCCUACAGGUAUGUCCACACACAGCCUGCUGGACUCGUCGCCCAGUUCAUACUCCCAUCACUCCCUGCCUUCUGAGUCUGAUCCUAACUUAUCACAAGUCUCACAUGAGGACAUUCGUGUUCUGAUAUCCGCCCCAACAUCCCAUAAUCUGAUCCAGGACACCUCCCUCUUCCAAAUCGAGGACUCCCACCCCUCGGUCCACCCUGUGUCUGCAUCUCCACCCAUGUUGCCAGGCCACCCUCUUGGAUCCUCCCUGGAUUCAGCCUCGCAGCACUCGGAUGCUCUCGAGCCUGAUCUUCCUCUGGGCGACCCAUCUGCCAUUGAACACACCAGUCUGGAGUGCCUACUGGGGAACGGGGGCUCCAUGGAGAGCAGGGACAGUGAAAGCGCAUCAUCGCGAAGGUCCAGCAUUGGUGUUCAGACUCAGAGCACAGAGCAGUCGUGGUGUAUGGACCUCACUGAUUAA